AUGGCAGGAAAAUUGGAAGAAGUGUCUUAUGAGAUGAGCAGAUACUGCUGGAACAUCUUAGUUCUCUGCGAGGUACGAUGGAAAAACUUUGGCGAGACAUCCACUGAGGAGGGUCAUAAAUUAUACUUCAGUGGCAAGGAGGACAAACACGAACACGGCGUUGGAUUUCUUGUACACGACGACAUCGUGAACACUGUCAAGGGCUGCCGUACAGUCUCAAGCAGGCUCAUCGUCAUCCGCCUGAGGGCAAGUCCAUUUAACAUCACAAUUAUACCGGCCUACGCCCCUACCUCGGACAAUGAUGAUGAUGCAGUUGAGGACUUCUACGACCACCUACAGGAAAUCUUGAACCAGUCCCCUAAGAAAGACAUCCCUGUUGUGUUAGGCGAUUGGAACGCCAAAGUAGGAGAGGAUGCAUUCAAGAAUUGGAAAGGCACUUGCGGACGCUACUGCAACCCAGAGACAAACAAGAGAGGUCUAAGGCCCCUGAAGUUUGCUUGCUACAAUGAUAUUGUGCUGGCGAAUACACUUGGCAAACACAAAGUAUCCAGAAGA